AUGCCUGAAUACGGUAGUGUUGAAGAACAAACCCCUAUCCUUCAUGAAAAUGAAUCCCUAAGACAAAAGUUUCAACGUAUUACUCACAAGCAUCGUUUCAGAAUCAUUGGUUCUUGGAUCAUUGUGAUUGCUGUUACUGCUGUCUUGACCCUUUCUUUCUAUUUUGCCUUAAAAGAAGAGAAGCCUCAUAUCCCUGAAAAACCUCAAGAUGAAGACUUGGUUAAUGAAAUGUGUGUAUCUGAUCGUAGUUGGUUUGUUGCUCUUAUGCUCUCUAUUUUCCUCGGUCCUUUAGGUGUGGAUCGCUUCUAUCUCGGUUAUAUUUUCCUUGGUAUUCUCAAGUUAAUCACUGCUGGUCUGGGUGGUAUUUGGUGGACUGUUGAUGUCAUUUUAAUUGCCUUGAAUGUAGUCAAUGAUCAUCCUUAUGGUUGUCAUCUUAAAUAA